CUGAAGGAGGUUGAUAAUUACGUCGUUAGAAUGUUAAAGGCUGGUGUUACAUUGCUCUUCAUCGGGUUAUCGCUAUUAGUCGUUUGCGAUGGAUCACCGUUGUCCGAUGAAAACUCUGAGCCGGACGAAAUAGAUACAACGGGGUGGUCAGGUUUUUCGCUAAAACUAAUAAAUCAAUGCAAACAAAAUACUGGCUCUAAUGCCGCAUUCUUGGCGGUACUGGAAUCAGUAGAAAAAACCGUAACAUGUGUGUCCCGAUUCGAUACAGUGAGGCAGAAUUUAAAAAUCGAUUUCUUCCAGAUGACAAACGCAACUCGAGAAGCAUUUUUUACCAAAUACUGUCCUGAAGCACGACCGUUCCUCUCAUGCUUUGAUGGUGCGCUAGCGAGUUUGAGACCAUGUCUCAAGGAGCGUGAGUUCAAUUUUGUGAAGACCUUUAUUGAGAGCAUUCCGGAAACCAUGGACCUUGCGUGUAAAAACGAUGGAGAAAUCCUAUUCCAACUGAGAGACGAGACACGCCAGGAGUGCUUUCGGCAGAGGUUUGAACAAUUGUCGAUGUGUGCCGAUGUGGCAAAGAGGACAUGGAACUUCGAUUUGGAUUUUUCCGAACUGAUGCAGGGCCACUGCAGCAUAAUUACAGAUUACAGGGAGUGUGCUAAGGAGCAACUGGACGCCUGCAACUUGUCGGACAUUAUAAGCAUCUACGAUGUGCCCAUGAAUGCAAUUCUGGGCCUUACGUCUUGUGCCAAAAAUAAAGAGGAACCAAAGGUUGAGACGCAUCAGAACAACUCGACCGAUGAGGUUUAAAACAGAGGUCAACAGUUCAGGGCAAUAUGCGAUGUGAUCCGGUACAGUUGGCGAAGCUAAUGUCGAAGCGAAUUAACAGCAAAAGGCAUAAUAAAGGAAAUUGAUAAGCAAUACAAAUUUAAAUCAAACAUAAGUUCCAUGUACUAUUUUAAAAAUUUUAAAAUUACUUG